GUGCGGGCUUCGGAGUCUGAGUCCGCUCCAUGGCGCCGUGGGGAUGCGAGGCUGCCCGGCUGGCGCUGCUAGCGCUGCUGUGCCGGGGACUGACGGCGGGCGUUCGGUGGAGCGGGGAGGGCACCAGUCCACAGCUGCGGAGCAUCUUCCUGGGCCGCUGCGCCGAGUACAUCACGCUGCUGCGCCCGCAGUCCGGAGAGAAGAACUGCACAGCCAUCUGGGAAGCCUUUAAAGCAGUGCUGGACAAACAUCCCUGCUCUGUGCUUCCAUCGGACUAUGAUCUUUUCAUUAACCUGUCUAGGCACUCCAUCCCCAGUGACAAGUCCCUGUUUUGGGAAAAUAAUCACCUCCUCGUUACUAGCUAUGCGGAGAGUGCUCGUCGCUUUAUGCCCCUGUGUGAUGUUCUGUACGGUCGCGUUGGAGAUUUCUUGAAUUGGUGCCGACAGGAAAAUGCCUCUGGACUCGAUUACCAAUCCUGCCCUACCUCAGGAGACUGUGAAAACAACGCUGUGGAUUCCUACUGGAAAAGGGCAUCCAUGCAGUAUUCAAGAGAUAGCUCUGGAGUGAUCUAUGUCAUGUUGAACGGCUCAGAGCCAAGCGGAGCCUAUCCCGUCAGAGGUUUUUUUGCAGAUUUUGAAAUUCCAUACUUGCAGAAGGAUAAAGUCACACGAAUUGAAAUCUGGGUCAUGCAUGAAAUCGGGGGACCUAAUGUGGAAUCCUGUGGCGAGGGCAGCGUGAAGAUCCUGGAGGAGAGACUGGAGGCCAUGGGGUUCCAGUACCGCUGUGUUAACGACCACCUGCCAGUGAAGCUCUUGCUGUGUGUGGACCACAGUGCUCACCCUGACUGUGCCUUAACGUUGUCAGCCGCAUCCACUGGAGGAGCAGCCUCCGCCCAGUCUCCUGAGCAUAGCGCCGCCCUGCUCCUGCCUCUGUCGGUGGUGGCUGUGGCCUUUGGUUCCGGUGGUGGCUGUGGCCUUUGGUUCCGACUGUAA